AUGGAUGAAGACCAGUCGCCCUCGCGCAUCGUCCCGGAGCCUCACCGGAGACGGCCGCUGAGCGACCGCGUCCGGGGCGCCAAGAAGGCCCUCUUCACCAGACAUGGCCUCCUCGGCAACUAUGACUACGCCUUCCUCUUCACCCCGACCCUGCCCUUCAUGAAGCGCCCCGUGCAGGCCGCGCCCUUCUUCGGCCUGCACGACAAGACCCCCCUCCUGCUGGCCGUCCUGCUGGGCUUCCAGCACGCCCUGGCCAUGCUCGCCGGCGUCAUCACGCCGCCCCUCAUCAUGGCCGGCUCCGGCGGCGCCAACCUGCCCCCCGAGCAGCAGCAGUACCUGGUCUCCACCGCCCUGAUCGUCGCCGGCAUCCUGUCCUCGGUCCAGAUCGCCCGCUUCCACAUCUACAAGACGCCCUACUACAUCGGCACCGGCCUCAUCUCCGUCGUCGGCAUCUCCUUCGCCAUCAUCCCCGUCGCCCAGGGCGCCUUCUCCCAGAUGUACGCCAACGGCUUCUGCCCCUCCGCCGCCGACGGCACCCCGCUGCCCUGCCCGGACGGCUACGGCGCCAUCCUCGGCACCGCCGCCGUCUGCGGCCUCGUCGAGGUCCUCAUCUCCUUCAUCCCGCCCAAGGUCAUGCUGCGCAUCUUUCCGCCCCUGGUCACGGGCCCGACCGUGCUCCUCAUCGGCGUCAACCUGAUCCGCUCCGCCUUCCAGAACUGGGCCGGCGGCUCGGGCCUGUGCGCCGGGUCGAACCCCCCCGCCUUCUUCGCCAAGUGCCCCAACAUCGCCGCGCCGCACGCCCUGCCCUGGGGGAGCGCCGAGUUUCUCGGCCUCGGCUUCUCCGUCUUCCUGACCAUCCUGCUCUGCGAGCGCUUCGGCGCGCCCAUCAUGAAGUCCACGGCCGUCAUGAUCGGCCUGCUGGUCGGCUGCAUCAUCGCCGCCGCCUGCGGCUACUUUGACCGGUCCGGCAUCGACUCGGCCCCCGUCGCCUCCUUCAUCUGGACGCACACCUUCCGGCUGCAGGUCUACGGCCCCCUCGUGCUGCCCAUCAUCGCCGUUUUUAUCAUCUGCGCCUGCGAGUCCAUCGGCGACAUCACGGCCACCUGCGACGUCAGCCGGCUCGAGGUCGACGGCGAGGUCUACGAGAGCCGCAUCCAGGGCGGCGUGCUGGCCGACGGCAUCAACGGCAUCCUCGCCGCCCUCAUGACCAUCACGCCCAUGACCACCUUUGCGCAGAACAACGGCGUCAUCUCGCUUACCCGGUGUGCGAACCGCAAGGCUGGGUUCUGGUGCUGCUUCUUCCUCGUCGUCAUGGGCAUCUUCGCCAAGUUCGCCGCCGCCCUCGUCGCCAUCCCCAGCGCCGUGCUCGGCGGCAUGACCUGCUUCCUCUUCAGCGCCGUCGUGGUCUCGGGCAUGGCCAUCAUCAACCGCGGCGUCGACUUCAACCGCCGCAACCGCUUCGUCCUGACCGCCGGCCUGGCCCUCGGCUACGGCGCCACCCUCGUGCCCACCUACUUCUCGCGCGUGUUUACGUACCAGGGCGACAACAAGUCGCUGCGCGGCUUCCUCGACGCCAUCGUGCUCAUCAUGGAGACGGGCUUCGCCGUCUGCGCCGCCGUGUGCAUGAUCCUGAACCUGACGCUGCCGCCCGAGGUCGAGGAGACGGUGGAGAAUGUCGCCGGCGGCGGCGGCGUUGCGUCACCCCACGGCGGCGGUGGCGACGUGCGCCGCCAGGCUGACGAGGAGCGUCUGGAUGAUAAGGAGAUGCCGAGGGUGGGCAGGCCGGCGGAGAGCUCGGAGUCUUAG